ACGAGCGAGGAGGGAGGGAACAGGGAACGGCGCAGCUGAUCAGGUGGGAUGGGAUGGGACGCGCAUGGGUGUUUUAUUUUCUUUGACUGUUUUGUUGCUCGCAACUUGGAGGUGAGGUGAGGUGAGAUUCCUCCUCAUCCGGCUUUAUCUCCCCGUCGCCGUUCGCCCCGCGCGGCGCUUGUCCGCUUGCGCCGCCUUGUUCUUGCGGGUGGAGUUCCCGGUGCUUCUUUGGAUCGUGCUGGGGCGGGCUGAUUUGGCGUCUCGCGGGGGAUUUUUGCUUUCGCCUCGCCUUUCGGUGCCCGUCGUUUUGGGAGGGGCUGAGCUGCUUGCGCUGAUCCUGCUGGGCUCGCGUGCUCUCCAGGGGCGCAGACGAGAAUGCUGCUCAGGAGGGUGGCGGCGGACGACGGCGCCGGGGCGGGCGCGGGCGCGGGUGUAGGGAGGCCGCGGCUCUUCGCCGUGCCAAGGCUGCUGGUCGGGCUCGGGGCGCCCAAGUGCGGCGGCCCGGACUGCGACUCGCCGACGGCGGCGCGCAGCCCGACGUCGCCGCUCGACCUCAGGCCCUUCGCCGCGCUCGGCGGCUCGCUGCUCCGGUCGCCGCGCUCGCCAAGGAGCUGGGACUCGCACCGCGUCGGGCUCGGCGGCCUCGUCGACGACGCCCUCGCCGAGCCGGCCCCCGGCGCCAGGAACCGCUUGCUGGGGCCCCAGAUGCGGCAGCCGUUCAAGCUGCCGCAACGCCUCACCAAAUCCUUCACCACCCAGCCGAGAGACUGCGGCCAGGCUGCGUCCCCGGUGCUCGGGAAUGUGGGGACCGCCGCUGGCGCCGGCGCCAGCACCACCGGCAUGCCGGUGCCUUGCAGCAGGUCCUACGGGGAUGUGAAGUCUGGUCCAGAGGUCAUCGUGCCCGGUGGCGGCGCUCAGCCAGGCGCGAGCGGGCAUCCUGCCGAUCUCGGCAAGUUCCGGGCGUCCGGGUCCCUGCCGGCGUCGAUCGGCGGCCCGCGCCGGUACAUCCGGUCCGUGUCCGCGACGGAGGUGGAGCAGUCGGAGGACUACACCUGCAUCAUUGCGCACGGUCCUAACCCGAAGACUACUCGCAUCUUUGGGGACUGCAUCUUGGAGCCCUGCACUGUUGAGAGCAUGGAUGCCAUGGAAGUGAAGGAAGGAGCCGAGUCCUACUGGCUGGUGAAGUGCUUCGAUGACGGCGAGGUCGGCGAGGAGUUCCAAAGCUCCUGCGUCUCUUGCAAGAAGAAGCUGGAUGGCAAUGACUCCUGCAUUUACCGUGGUGAGAAGGCUUUCUGCAGCGGGAACUGCAGGGAUAAUGAAAUCCUUACUGAAGAGGAUGAGAACAGCGCAGCUAUAUCAUCCCUCAGCUCAGCUGGCUCAUCUUCUUCCUUCAACGAUGACAUAUUCAUGGCCGAAAUGGUUGUGCUGACUGCACCAGUUGAUGUCCACCUCCCCUGACACUGGAGCAAUGCUCUGCGAGCCAGGGUAGAAGAUCAAUAAUGUCGAUCGUCCCAGUUUUCACCACCACCAUUAUCGGUUUGCUGGUUUUGUAAGUUCUGUUCCAGCAUUUGAGAAAUUCGGUGGCAUUGGUCGUUCAUUGAGGAUUGGAGGCUCCAUCUAGAAGUUGCCGAGAUCUCAUAUCUCAGCUUUUUAGAACGGAGAGCUUGCCUGCCUUUAGCAUGUAAUUUUGGUCCUAAGGCUACUGGCAUUGCAAGUUCCCUUUUCAUUUUCUCUCUUCUUUGGUUUCUUCCUGAGCAGCAAUGACGAUGUUGGCGUGCUGUAAGUUGCAACAAUAUUUUGAGAUAAUGGCAUUGAGCUGCUUGUCCAAA